UCUGUGUUUACCCCCUUCUUCUGACAAUUCCGUCCGUUUUUGGAAAUGGCCAAGCUCACCUAAUGAGCCACACAUUCCUUUGUAUCCGUUUGCAGAUCUUCAGAUCUUGGAAGGGUUAUCGAGCAUUCUUUUGAUAUAUACUGGCGCCAUGUUAAUAAUAUUUCUCUUUGCAUUUCUCGCCGCUGCAUCUGCGGUGCCGUACGUUUCAUUGCCGUUCAAUUCCCAAUAUCCCCCCGUAGGACGCGCCGGUCAAGUAUAUAGCUAUGAGCUGUCUCCACACACGUUUGGCCCGCUGCCCGACGCGGCCGACUUCCAGCUCGCACUCGACAAUGGUCCAUCAUGGCUGUCACUCAAUUCUACAUCUCUCGUUUUGGAGGGUAAACCGGCGGAAGAGGAUGUUGGAUCGAGUUCUUUCAGCAUCGUGGCUUCAAAGGGGGCUAACCAGGUGACAAUGAACUGCAGUCUGCGCGUUGUUGAUUAUCGUGGACCUGAUGUCAAAGGGGAUCUUGUGGAUGUCAUGGUAGAAGGAAAUGAUCGCACUGGAUCCACUACCGUCUUGAUUGCCCCCGACUCCGCAGUCCUGGUCGAGCUCGCAGACGAUACGUUUGGCUCAGAAUGGAACAAUCUCUCGUACGCGGCUACGAACGAUGAUGGACUACCUCUUCCUAGCUGGUUGAACUUCAAUCCCGAUAACCUGACGUUCUCCGGCCAAGCACCUCGUCUAGAAAAUGCAUCUCAGCUGUUUGAUAUAAGGGUAGUGGCAUCAGACAUGGACGGCUUCGCCAGCGCGGAGCUUCCGUUCACGUUUGUCCUAAGCGAGCACAAACUCGCGUUCUCGCCUGUGAGUCCGAAUAUUACGCUGAAAACGGGUGAUGCUGUUCACUUCGACAGCAUCGGGAGCAUGCUGCAGUUGGACGGGAAGCAAGUCGAGGUCGACCAAACCUCUUCACUAUCAGCGCAUGGCUUACCAGACUGGCUAGAGUACGAUUCGAAGACAGGAAGUCUUGACGGAAAUUCCCCGGACGGUGUCGAGUCACUCGCAUUCUCCGUCGAGGCCUCGGACAAGUAUGACGGAUAUGUCAACACAACCUUUACCCUGACAUUCGUGCCAUCUCUCUUUACAGGCGCCAUACAGACAUUAGACGCCACGCCCGGCACAGCAUUCAGCUACACGUUUCCCGACUCGCUGUUUGCCGCCCAGGGGCUGAACAUUGCCCUCCAGACUACCAGGACCACUGCGUGGCUGGCAUACAGUCCGGCGAACAAGAUCAUGUACGGCGACGUGCCGCUUGAUAUGGCGACGGGAGACAUCGAGGUCACGCUUGUCGCGACUUCGCCUCAGCAUCCCUCGACGACAGAGCGCAGGAUUAUCAAGAUCCACCUCACGCAGGCAAAGACGAAGGACGCUAUGUUGCACAAAAAGCGCAUCAUAAUGGUCAUCUGCCUGAUGUCGGUACUCGCCAUCACCAUCCUUAUUGGCAUGCGAGUGCUAUACAUUCGCGCACGCCGCCGCCGUCGUAGUCGAAAGACUGAUCCCAAAACAAUCUCACACGGAAACCACCCAUCGAAUCCCUACACCAUCGGCACAGAUCCCGACACCGACGACGAUGACGACGACCCCGAACAAGGCUCCGCCGUGGAGAAAUCUGAGAAGCAGCACGCUCCAUCAAACCCAUCACCACCCUGUCUCGAACUAUCCGAAGCACCACCCACUAAAUCCCAUGCACAACAGCCCAAACCCACAAACCCCUCCUCCACACCACUUACACCCUUCGGCCGCGACACACUGUUCGUCCUCACAGAAGCCUACGGACGGUUGUCAGCGCGAGACGGUAUCUGCGCCACAGAACGCGCCAUAAAACGCGCCGCCUCCUCCCCUGAAUCGCACAAAAACGACAAUAACAACAACGACAAAAUAUCUAAAGCGAAACCCAAACCCAAACCCCGCAAAUCAUCAUCAUCGCCACCAAGUCGCACACCCAGCAGCAUCAAGCGAAAGGGCGAAGUCGCUGCCGCCGCGCUGCGCCGUAAAUGGAGUAAUGCUAGCGGCGUGUCGCGCAGCUCGUACUCGUCGAGUGCGCUCUCUGCGAAGCUGUCCGAGUUUCCGACACCGCCGCUGCCGUCGCUGCCGUCUCUCCCGUCGCUGGUGACGGCUGGGUCGGUGGGAAUGGGGCGGGAUGGCGUGGUGAGCCGGGUGGAUCGGGUGGUUGCGGAGGGAGAGAUGGCGAACAGCACCACGACGAAACAGAAACAAAAACAGAAUCAGAAACGCCCGCGUCCUACAUCCACGCUCUCGAUGUUUCCCCCACCGUCAUCGUCCACGCCGAAGACGGGGUUGAAGAUCCAGAUCCGCGCUGCGAACGCAGGACCAUACACCCAAUCAGACACAAAAACGAAAACAGAAAGAAAAUCAAAAAGAACAACAUGGCAAGACUAAACAUACCCCCUGCUCAGCACAUACGCAAACACCUACCACUCUGCCCUGUACAAUACACACGCCACACGCCACAGCCACCAACGAAACCACAGUCCCAACAACCACCACCGCCACAACAGUCCCUACAAACAUAGCCACCAUCACCACCACCACGACAACCACCCCGAAAGA